CUUUCGCGUGGAUUUCUGUCUUUCUAUUAUGCUCCUUCACUGCAAUUACUUCUUGUCGGUCCCUUGACCCAGCCACUAUCACUCAUUCCUAUACCCUGUCAUCAGUUGCUGCUUCUCUCUUGGAGCUGUAAGAAUGGCGCACGCUCCACGCUUCCGAGUAGAUGGACCGGAGCUGCAAAGUUGAUCAGGAUCGGGACACUCGAAAUCGCUCGUCUUCUAAACUUCCGACUUAAAAGAAAGUAAAGUUUACAUGUCGGAGUAGUUCAUGGACAUUGCGUAGAGAGUACUACAUAAAUAAUAUGGGUGGUUUUUGCACAACGUCGAGGAAGUUCACGAUAGACUGUGUUGCAUUAGAUGACGCUCCGAGUGAAAGCUCGAGACAUGCCGAUGGUCAUUCCAAUAGUGAGUCUGAAAUGGCCGAUCAUUGUCAUGGAGUUCCGGGAAAAUUAAAUAGCCAUUCAACUCUGCCUCCCGUUGAUGAUGACAUAGAGAAGCAGGUCCGGCAAUCAUUUUCGUAUCCUGGGCAGAAAAUUUUGGAGGGACCAAGUGCAGAAGACAUCAAUGCUGGAAUUCCUCAUCUCUCUAGAGUCUCGUCACACAAGUCUAAAUCAACCAAGUCCAGGCAGGUUGCUGCUGUCACUAAGGUCUCAGAAGUGAGUUCACUUUUGGGCAGAGCUAGUACUGCUGGGCUUGGCAAGGCAGUAGAUGUUUUAGACACACUAGGUAGUAGUGUGACAAAUUUAAACCUGAACAAUGGUUUUACAUCGGGAGUGAAAACGAAAAAAAAUAAAAUUUCAAUUUUGGCCUUUGAAGUUGCAAACACAAUUGUCAGGGGGGCCAACCUGAUGCAAUCUCUUUCAAAAGAGAGCAUUGCGCAUUUAAAAGAUGUCGUACUACCAUCUGUCGCAGUACAAAAUUUAAUAUCCAGGGAUAAGAAUGAACUGCUGAGAAUUGCCGCAGAAGACAAGAGAGAAGAGUUGAAAAUAUUUUCCGAUGAAGUGGUGCGUUUUGGAAAUCAUUGUAAAGAUCGCCAGUGGCACAACCUGGAUCGCUAUUUUGAGAAGUUACGUUCAGAGCUUGCACCACAGAGACUAUCAAAAGAGGAUGCUGAGAUAGUGAUGCAACAACUUAUGACGUUGGUUCAGCAUACAGCUGAAUUGUAUCACGAAUUGCAUGCCUUAGACAGGUUUGAUCAUUAUCAGCACAAGCUUCAAGAAGAGGACAAUUCUAGUGCCGCACAAAAAGGCUGUGUAGGAAAGAGCCUUGCAAUUUUAAGUGCAGAACUGCAGAGUCAAAAGAAGCAUGUCAGAAAUUUGAAGAAGAAAUCACUAUGGUCCAAGAUUUUGGAAGAGGUGAUGGAGAAUCUUGUCGACAUAGUUCAUUUUCUACGUUUGAGGAUACAUGAAGCAUUUGGUAUUGCUGAUACUGAAGGGCAGCUGAAAGAUUCUCAAGACAACCACAAGAAGUUGGGAUCUGCUGGUCUUUCAUUGCAUUAUGCAAAUAUUAUUUCUCAAAUUGAUAUUCUUGCUUCUCGUUCAAGUUCUGUGCCUCCUAAUUUAAGGGAUGCCUUGUAUCAAGGGCUGCCUCCUCAUGUAAAGUCAGCACUGCGCCCAAGGUUAAAGUCAUUUCAGGCUAAAGAAGAGCUUACAGUUCCUCAAAUUAAAGCUGAGAUGGAAAAGACCCUGCAAUGGCUUGUUCCUAUUGCAACCAACACAACGAAGGCUCAUCAUGGCUUUGGAUGGGUUGGAGAAUGGGCAAAUACUGGACCUGGAGGCCAGACUUACUUGUUGCGAAUUGAAACACUACAUCACGCUAAUAAGGCGAAAACUGAAGCUUAUAUGCUUGAACUUGUUGUCUGGCUUCAUCUUCUAGUCAGCCAAGCAGCAAUUAGCAAUGGAGGAAUAAAGUCUCCCAUGAAACCCCCAAUUCAUUCUCCUAGUCAGAAGAGGGAGCAAUUAAUUUCGCAGGAAGCCUACUCUACUUCCCCGCUAACAGUUGAAGAUCAACAAAUGCUUCGAGAUGUUAGCAAGAGGAAACUAACGCCAGGACUUAGCAAGAGCCAGGAAUUUGACACUGCCAAGACUAGGCUGAGGAAAAACCACAGGCUAAGCAAGAGUAGGAGUCAUUCCCCAACCAGUGAAAGUAAGAACAAUACAUUCUUCACACGAAGGCUAUCUUCUAUUCCUGUCAUCAACUUUGAUAUUGACCGUCUCAAGGCACUGGAUAUGAUCGAUCGGGUUGAUACUAUUUGAAGUUCAUUGUAUGUAUGAGAUCCCCUUUGAAGAGGCAUAUGUUGAUUAAUAUGCUGCCUUCUUCAAGCUGAGGGCUUCCCUAUGCUUUUCAUAUAGGCUAUGAGAAAUGUUGAAUGCUCCCAAGUCUUUUGACAUUGUUGUUUAAAUGAUUGUUUUGAGGUGACUCAGUCUUAUUUGGCUUUAUCUGUGCAGAUUUUGUGAUCAUCCUGUAAUAAUAGUUCUAAGUUUCUCCUUACUAAAAUAAUUUUGUUAAUACGUAGAUAGAA